AUGAGCUAUGAAGAAAAUUGCCAUUGCACAACUGCUCUACUACGCGGCUUCUUUUCUGAUCGACCACAACAGCGCCACACAGAUAUUUUUAAUUUCCCCCUUUUCCCUGUCUCUUUUCCUAAAUCCCUCGUCUUCAGUUUCCUUCGUGCCGAAGAUCCGAACCCACUCCCCGAUCGCCGGACCAUGUCGAUGCUCGACGCCUUCUUCAGCAACAAGGGAUUCAAAGCUGCAAAAUGUAAAACUCUGCUGAAGCUGACGAUACCGCGGAUUAAGCUCCUGAGGAACAGGAGAGAGGUUCAGAUUAGGCAAAUGCGCCGUGAUAUUGCUAAGCUUCUCGAGAAUGGCCAGGAAGCUACUGCUCGGAUUCGUGUUGAGCAUAUUAUCAGAGAAGAGAACAUGAUGGCGGCUCAAGAGAUCCUUGAGCUCUUCUGUGAGCUUAUUGCCGUUCGUCUUCCGAUCAUUGAGGCACAAAGGGAAUGUCCUUUAGAUUUGAAGGAAGCAAUAUCCAGUGUCUGCUUUGCUGCACCAAGAUGUGCCGACCUGCCAGAAUUGCUGCAGGCGCAAAUGCUGUUUGCAUCCAAGUACGGAAAAGAUUUUGUAACUGCUGCUACUGAACUCAUGCCCGAUUGUGGGGUUAAUCGCCAGAUAGUAGAGCUCUUAUCAGUUCGCGCACCUUCACCAGACAAAAAACUGAAACUCCUUAAGGAAAUUGCUGAAGAACACGAGCUAGACUGGGACCCAGCUGGGUCAGAAGCUGAAUUAUCAAAACCCCACGAAGAUUUGCUGAAUGGCCCUGCACAGUUUGUUAGUGCAUCUAAGCUGCCUCCUCCAGAUGAGAAGCAUGACGAAGCAUUGAGCUCUAGUCCUGUAGGUGCUAGCUAUGAACAACCUGACACUGACUCAAGUGCUGAUGAGCUAGAUUUCCCCGAAGUCCCCAAGGCCGUAUUAAGGCCUAAUACAACUCCUGCUGCAUAUGCACCAGAUAUGACGCUACCUACAGAACCCACUCUACGUACAGAAUCCAUUGAUCGGGAUACGUCUUCAGACAGUCCGCUACAUGGCUCCCAUUCCAAGCAUGAGGUCAUAUUCGAAGAACUGCCGACGGAGUCCGAGAAUCAAAUUCUCGAUUAUACAGACGGUGCUUCCCAGGAGAAACAGUUUUUGCCUUUCUUCACACCUCCACAGACAUCAUAUGCAAGUGCACCUGCAAGACAGUAUAGUUCUCCACCGUCCACCUCAAAACCCAAGAGUAAGCACGACAUAGAUCUGCAUGAUAUCCUAGUUUCAGCUCAGGCAGCUGCAGAGACCGCCGAACGAGCAGCAGCAGCAGCCCGCUCAGCUGCAACGAUCGCGCAGGCAAAGAUCAAGGAGCUAGCCAAGCUCAACAGCGACAAGUCACUUGAUCUUGAAUCCGACAAUCCUUUUAACACUGAGCUUCACGAUCAGUCUGCUGCCUUGGGAAACCUAAAUCUUGAUCAUCAACGCUCUUCCGGCGACCUCAAUGGUGCGGUGUUUGACUCUCCAAGGUAUCACAGAGAAUCGUCCGGUCCUGAGCUGAAUCGGAUCACGUCUAUCGACGAAGACCCUUACUUCUCUUACCCCAACUUGUUUGGGUCUCACAGCUCGAACCAUGGAUCGCCGUCUGCCCAUUUUGUUUCGGACAGCUCGAGAUCACCACAUUAACUCGUUCCGAACUCUCCCAGGUAUCCAAGGAUAUGAACUUCUCUGUCUUGCUGGUGAGCUAUUUCCCAUGCAAUAGUACAUUUGUAUGAUCAUGUGGCUAUAGUUCUCUUUCCCUUUUCGCCUGUAAAGUAGUUCCACGGCACGAAGAAUCUUCCAUCAUCAAUGGCUGCUUUUAUGAUGAAUAUAGUAGCUUGUGAAACUCCAACUCAGUUUUUGAGACAACUAUCAUGGGCUUUGGUUUUAUCUGUUUGAGCGGGAUUUGGGUUGGUUAGGGUUUAUGCCUUAGGGUAUAGGGAUUUGUACAGUAGUUGGUUGCUUGUGUCAGCUUAUUGCCUUAUGUUGAAAACUUCUCCAAUAAACCUCAUCUCAAUUUCGAUCUGGUUAAAUUGUAGAGGCUGGCAUGCAUGGUCCGGCCACGAUACAAAAUCGGACAUUAGGACAUUAUCGGAUUAUAGAUAAAGGGAAAUUGGGAUCAAAGUUGG